AUCCAGAUGCUUAGAAGUCGGAUUCCUGUGUGGGAAUUCGCAUGACGCUUUGUUAGGACUUUGUUUCCCGAUCCACUGUGCUGUAGGGAGCUUCCCAGAGAUGACAGGGGAACAUCUGGACGUGGCUCGACGACUCAGAAAUUCAGCGGGCUCUUCGAGCGAGUAAGCGACAUGGACAACUCUGUCACCCUGUGGCAGUUCCUUCUCCAGCUCCUGUUGGAUUCCAGUAAUGAGCAGCUCAUCUGCUGGACCAAUGAGGAAGGGGAGUUCAAACUGCUGCAGGCCGAGGAGGUGGCCCGGCUUUGGGGAGCCCGCAAGAACAAGCCUAACAUGAACUACGACAAGCUCAGCAGGGCGCUGAGAUACUACUACGACAAGAACAUCAUAAAGAAGGUGAACGGUCAGAAGUUUGUCUACCGCUUUGUGUCCUAUCCUGACAUCCUUAAAGGAGAUGCUACCACCCGCACAGAUGGCGGCGAUGGAGGUGCGGGGGGAGUCAUACCAACCGCAGCUAAGAGGGGAGACGGAUCUCUACUGGAGGGGGAAUCUGGUGAAAGAUACAAGAUGGGAGCAGGUCCAGCUACUCUGGUCUCCGGCACCAAGCAGUCCAACAGAAACGACUACAUUCAUUCCGGCCUCUACACGUCGUUUCAUCUCAACUCUCUGCAAAAUGGCCGUCAGCUCUUCAAAUCUGUCAAAGUAGAAAAUCCUGCGGAGAAGAUUGCUGACAAGAGGGAUCCUGCAGUCACCACACAGAGUCCAGAGGCACCCCCUCAUCUGCAAACACCGGCUGCUCUGUCGUCAGUCAUCAAGUUUGGAAACAGCCCCCCAAAACCAGUCUUUACAGCGCCUCCUCAGGUUGCCCUGACGCCCAGCAGCUUGGACUCUCUGCAGGCGCCGCCUCAGAGGGCCGAGAACGUCAGCACACACUCCUCUCUGCAACCCCAGUCCGUCUACUCAUUUGACCACACCCGUCGUUCAGAACCUGCCUUCAGCCUGCCAGACCUGAGCUCUGCCAGCUCAUCUCCAAGCCUCGUACCAGAAUCUUCUCAGGAGGCCACCAUGCAAAGUGACGUGGAGUCGGGGUGCUCUGGGUCAACAGAACCUCCUGCACUAGAAGCACCAGAGGCUCAGUCACAGGACAAGGCGGACCGUGGCCUCGCCUUGUCUGUAGAUGAGCCCAGUUUGGUGGAGACUGAAACCAGUUCCUCCUCAGUGAACAGCAACACAACAGGGAGCAAUCAGGCUCUGGGGAAAACCCGCAAGCCACCAAAAAUCCUGCAGAUCAGCCCGCCUGCUCUGCUUGUCACUACGUCCGACUUCUCCCCCAUGAACCUCUGCAGCCCCUCGCUACCCACCGCCUCGCUCACCCCAGCAAUGCUCCAGACUCCAACUCUCCUGCUGACUCCCAGUCCUCUGCUGUCCAACAUCCACUUCUGGAGCACGCUCAGUCCUGUCGCUCCCCUCAGCCCAGCCACCAGACGUCAGGGAGCCCACCUGUUCCAAUUCCCCUCAGUCCUCAACCCCCAGUUCCAGAUCCCAAUACAGAGCUUGGAUGGGACCAAUACCCCUGGCCCCAUCUCACCAGACCCUCAGAAAACAUAGACCUCUAACUCUCUCCUUAACUGGACUUGGAUCCAGUGUCCCUUCACCGCUGGUCCCCUUCCUCCUCCUACAUCCAGGAAGAAGAUGUGUGAGCUCACACUACAGGCCUGUGUAGGAGGGGGAUGGUGGACAACCAUCAACAGGCCAUGUGUGUCGGAUGAGGGUAAUGCACGGACCCUUCUCUGUCCUCGCACGCACUGACACCAUCGCCACCAUCCUGAUGCACCCACAUAUUCAUUUUGCCUGGAUUUUUUUUGGGAUCUCAGCAGAUCAAAAGGAGAGAGGAAUUUCCAUGGUAACUGUGUGCACUGGCGCCUCGGCCGGCCCAAUCUCCUUAACACCCAGACACACAGAGAGCGGGUGGAUUUCAGCUCUCGGCUCUUUACUUUUCUUAUCGUGUGCAGCAGUGUUCCUGCCAAAAUACUUGUAACAUUGAGUGUUUUCUGCUCUUCAUCUUGAACCCCCGCUGUUGUUCAAGGUGAAUGCUCUAACCUGAUAACCUGCAUGGUGUACCUGGAGCCAUCCAUGUCCUACAGCACUUUUACCCUAUUGUCUUACUGGGAUUUUGGCCAUAAUCCAAACUGAACCCUAAUUUAUUCUUCUACAGUGGCUUGCAAAGGUAUUAUUGCUCUUUUCAGACUCUUAUCAAUCACAAACUUCAGUGUGUUUUAUUUGGAUUUUCUCUGAUAGACCAACACAAAAUAGUUAUUAAUUGGGAAGAGGAAGGGAAAAAACAUGGUUUUCAUUUUUUCCUGCUUUAAUGUGACAAAAUGCCAGAGUUGAAGGAAUUUGAAUAUUUGUGCAUGCCACUGGAUGUGUUCGUUGUAAUGAAAAACAUGUACAUACCCUCAAAGCCAUUUUGGCCAGUUCUGCCUUCAUAUGGUAAGCUUUUACGUGGAUGAAAGCAUUUCUGAGCAGAGAUACCUUCAGCCCCAGAAGACAUCCAGCCAGACUCCAGGAACAGCUGAGGAGACAGCCAACCUCCUUUGCUUUCAUCUUAAAUACUACAGAAAGUUGAUUGGCUGUUUCUUUUAAGUGGACAACCAUCAGCAGGCCAUUGUCUGUCAUUGCCUUGAUAGGCCGUGGAAACAUGGCUCCCCUCUGGCUGUGGGAAUCCUAGGAGGUUCUGUGCUGCAUCUUUAUAGAACCAUUUGAGAGUGGGCUUAGCUCCACUUUUUGUUUAGCACUAGAAACAAGUUUCCUUGGACAUCCCUACAUAUAUAUCUUAUUCAGUGCUUGGUUAUUGCUUAAUUAUCGAUUUAGUGGGUAAAUGCAUACUUCUACAACUCCAGGUGUAUUCAGUAACAAUAUUUCCUUUAUGAAUAAGCUUUAGAGGUCUGCAGCAUAUGUUCUUGUCAACAGAGGGUGGUGGUUUCCCUCUGUCUCCAGUUUAAGCAUCUGAAAACCUCAGCUACCCCCAGAACAGAAAGGGAUCCUGGAUAAAAAUCAAGUGUGAGAUCUUUGGUGACUUCUUGUAAUGUCUGCAUCACACUUAGAUUAAGUCACAAAUAGCAAUACCUUUGAUUGGCCUCCGAAACUCAACAGUGAGUCAACACCUGACCUCAUUCCUGAUGCUGCUGAGCUUCUGCAUGUCCACAGGACUAGAGAAGCAGUCAGCCCUGACUACUGGCAGCCCACAGCAACAGCCCUCAGUCUGGAUGUUCUUACUGGGAAAAGAAGGCUCAUAGUUAGCGGUUUUCAGUUGAUCGGGGGUUUUUAAAAGGAAGCAUAAAAAAGGUUCAACCUGUAUUUUCUAUGGUAAUAUAUUGGCCAUUUAUUCAAGCUGCUUCCUUAAAGAGCAGUUCAGACUUUCAGAAAAUAACAGGACGGCUAAACACAUUACUGCAAAGUUGCUCUGUUUUAUUUGUGUUUAAGCUUUCAACCUCUGUGUCAUACUGGAGUGUGAAUGUUGGCAUGCUCUGCUCCCGAAGGAACAGGCAGAAAACGUAUUUUAGAAAUUGGAAUUGGAUAAAAUAUGUACCGUCAGGUAAAAGCUUUACAAAACCUGAAGUUUGGAUCUUCAGGUUACUUCUCAGUUGCAACUCAGCUUUUAAUGCUUUGGAUGAUCAUCAAUAUAGUAUUGAUGUUUUGGUUCUGUGAAACUAAACCUUUAAUCCCAGGAGCUGCUUGAACCUCUCUGGAGCAAGUAAGCACCUUCUCUUUUGCCCUCAGACUGCUCCCUAACUGUCGGCCAUCUGAGGUUCACACAAUGCUUUUUAAUUGAGCUUAAAGCCAUGAGUCGGAGACAAGCUCCAGAGGUACUCCCCAACUCUCAAUGCCAUUUAACAUUGAAAUUGUGCAUCACGCUUGUUUACAUGAUACUUGGAGAAAAAACACUGAAGCGUGUUUGUUUUUGACCAAAGUGUCACCUCCUACCCAGGGAUGCAUGGGCCGAAACCUUCGUACAGGACGCGCGGUCCCUCAAAUGAAAACGGUGCCUUACCACAGCCACGCCCAAGGUUAGCAUCGCAAAGUUCACACACAGAUGAUUGACUGAUUUCUUUUUUUUAGAAUGAACCACAGAGGUUCCCGAGGAAAGCUGUGUGGCUAAAACAUGCAUUACUGUACAUACAGACAGCGACAUGGACUGAUGUGCUCAGCAUGUAAAAUAGCAGUUUAACGUCAGCUGCCAUGUUUCUUCUUAACCUGCCUCUAAAUGUUUGCUCAGAAACUGUGUAAAUAUAUAUAUAUAUAUAUAGAAAGAAAACUGUCUUUAACUCAUUGUAAUCUCCUUUUAUUUUCCUGUUAUGCAAUCGAACUUUCAGAAUCCUUUCUAUUUUUGUAAAUCAAAGUCUGCUUUUUAAUGGUCUCUUCGUGCAUGUUUGCUUUUUUUGUAUCCUUGUUUCAUUUUGGGGAUUUUUGGGGAUUGAUGUUGGAAUCAAAGCCUUAUUGGGAGAAACUCUGUUUUGUAUGUUGACUGUUUUUUGAUAUUGUGUUUUUAUUCAUAUGCAUAUUCAUGAUCAGACGUUUGCACUUAGAGUUUGGGGGUUCCUGUCAUAUUGGAUUCUGUCACUUUUCUAGGAUUUCCUCGGAUAAAACGUUUGUUGACUAAAGAAAUGUAUUUUUCCCCCAGAGGGAGGAUUUCAUUAUGCACUUGUAUUUUAUAAGACAAAAGAAGCUAAAUCUAAAGUUUUACAGUUUGUAUGAAACAAUGACUAAUUUGUAAUUAGGCACUAGCACAAAUAUUUAUAAAAAUGUAUACAGCCCAUAGAACAGAUAUAUAGAUUUUGCAUUUUUGCUGUAAGUUUACUAUUAAAAACUAUGAAAUAGCUAUAAAGUGAUCCCAAAGCCUUUGAAAUGCUUUCUGCUUUACUCUUCUUGGAUUUUUUUGUUAUUUCUUCAUAUCUGCCCUCUAAUGGUUUCCUUUCUUUGAGAUGUAAAAUGCUGUUUUUAAAGAAAUUGCUGUUUUUACUUUGUUUUGUCCAGUUCUCAUUGUUUGAUGCUUAUUCAAAAUGUUUACAAGCUGCUUGUCUUAAGUGGCGUAGUGAUGUUCAAGAAGUUUAGAGAAAAUGUAGACCAGGGAGGUUAAAUAUGACCAGUAAUAAAACAAAUCUAUAACUGA